AUGGCUUCUGAAGACUUGCAAGCUUUCCUCGACUUUGCCAUAUUGCUUGCCCGUGAAGGCGGUCAGUUGAUCCUCGAAGGCUCCAAAGCGCGAUAUGCAUCUCAAGGUACAGUGUUCUGGAAAGCUGGUAACCCAGCAGACCUGGUUACGGAAACGGACAAGAUGAUCGAAGAAGUUGUAAAGAAGAGACUGAAAGAAAGGUUUCCUCAACACAAAUUUAUCGGCGAGGAAACUGUAUCGAGUGGAGAAGAUUCUGCCUUAACAGACGAGCCUACUUGGAUUGUUGAUCCUAUAGACGGUACAACUAACUUCGUGCAUGGUUUUCAAUAUGUUGCUAUUUCAAUUGCAUUGACGAUCAACAAGGAACCCGUCGUCGGCGUUGUUUAUAAUCCAUUCUUAGACGAAAUCUUCACAGCGUCAAAAAACUCUGGCGCAUUUCUCAACCUUUCAACACGUCUUCCGCUCUCUCACCCUCAUCCUCCACUCCCACUUCCUUCGUCGCUUUCCCAAUGCCUUGUUGCGACAGAAUACGGUCAUUGUCGUACUCCACAUGUCAUCGAUAGGAAAGUCAUGUCUAUUCAUAACAUGGUGGCUAGGCCAGGGGAUAACAAGUGGAGUGAAAGCGGAAAGAAUGCUGGCUUGGUGCAUGGGGUUAGGAGUACUGGAAGUGCGGCAUUGAAUUUGUGCACUGCUGCCAAAGGACAAAUAGACAUGUAUUGGGAGAUUGGUCCCUGGGAGUGGGACGUAGCAGCAGGUGUCUUGAUACUCGGAGAAUCUGGCGGCAUCGUAGUUGAUGCUUAUGGUCCCGAUGAAGGACCUGCAGACAUUCUCAGCAGACGCUUUCUAGCAGUUCGGGCGGGAUCACCUGCACCCGGAGAUAAGACGAGCAGAGAAAGUCAAUUGAGGCUUGUUAAGGAGAUGUGGGAUGUUGUCGAACAGGUUGAGGUUUCGAGAAUAGAGGCUAGGCUUUGA